AGCUUAGGGAAGUACCUAGGUAUCUUCUAACUAGCAGCAUACAACCUUGAACACUGUUCUUCGCGCUUCACCUUCAAUCAACUUUUCGCGACGGCAAUCUUCUUGUCCACGCAAUUUCGAUCCGACAGCAGCACAACCUUGAAUUAAUUACACUCCGGGUUGACGGAAUCUGCGCAUUUCACGUUUACUUUACCUGGUACCAAUUCUUUUUAGCUCGCAGCGAUGGGAAAGAAGAAGCGUGGUCACCCCGACGUCGAGGAGCUCCUCGCCCGACCUUGGUGCUACUAUUGCGAGCGAGACUUCGAAGACCUUAAGCUUUUGAUAUCGCACCAGAAGGCGAAACAUUUCAAGUGCGAUCGAUGUGGGCGACGUUUGAACACGGCUGGAGGUCUCUCCGUUCAUAUGAAUCAAGUCCACAAGGAAUCUUUAUCGUCAGUCGAAAAUGCGCUCCCUAAUCGACAAGGCCUCGAUGUCGAGAUCUUCGGUAUGGAAGGUAUCCCGGAGGACAUCGUCCAACAGCACAACCAGCGCAUCAUCCAGAACUUCUACCAAGCCCAAGCCGAGCGAUACGCGGCGACGGGAAACCCCCCGCCUGGACAGGGUCGAAAGGGUCCGGCGAAGAAACUCAGGAUCGAAACGGCAGAUGAGAUCAAGAAACGAUUAGCAGAGCACCGUGCGAGACUUGCUGCCCAGAAGUCAGCUGGAAGCGCGACUCAUACGCCUCGCGAUGGCCUACCCGAUCGAAACAGUCCCGCACAAAGUGCAUCUCCUGGUGCAUUUAAUUCACCUUUCCCUCCUCCAGGAGGUCAAUACCCGGGAUUCCCUCCCCAAUCCGUGCCUGGUUACUCGCCUCCACCCCAAUAUCCUGGCGCAUACCCGCCGCCAAGUCUUCCUCAGCGACCUGGCAGCAACCUUCCCGCUCCUCCCGGAUUGCCCCCUCGCCCCGGACAAGCCGGGUGGCAAGGAAAUGCGUCAACCAUCGACGAACUCGUUUCUGGCGCUGCUCAGCAAGGCGACGAUAUCGACCAGAUAAUCAGGAUGGCCGAGGCUGGAAUCAAGCCACCGAAGAAGCCGGAGACGCCAACUACUGGCGAGGCGGGCGAGGCGACGGAAAAGAAGUCGAAGAAGGACAAGGACAAGAACGUCAAGAUGGUAUACGACGACGAGAUCAGUCCGGAGGAGAGGAUGGCGAUGAUGCCGAGAUACGCUUUCGUUCCCGAGGCUGGUGCUUAGGGUGGCGGGGGGAGGUGGCUUGUAACAUUAUGAAACGGCGAAUGCUUAUGGUUUGUCCUUAUAUGUUAAGGAUCUAUGAGCUAACGUCACGCAGGACAGGCUGCUCGGAAAUCCUAGGGCAGUUCAUUAGUUAUUCAAAAAUUGAGAAGGUGGCAUAUCCCAGAGUUGCUCUCGUCUGUGUGUUUACUAUGAAACGUUCAAGAAUAACCCAAGGCUCAAGCUAUUAAUUAUAGCAUCCUAACCAACUUCUCUAUCUAGGUACCUAAUUCUAUAUUUCGUCUUUAAAGAAAUUGUAGGAAGAGCUCGUCUCGGGGUGUCUUUCGUUGUUAUGCAGAAGGGAGCUAUGCUCAGUUAUAUGUCCUUGCUGGGGUUCAGGCAAGCAACACUAAAAUUUAGGACAAAGCAGACCAAAGCUCAAGCUGGGUGAUAUAUUGGCUCUGAUUAGCACCUACAACAUUGCUGAGGCACGCAGGAGUCCCACUUAGGACAUCAACUCGAUUUGAUACACUGACAACGCCAUAACAUACCCAAGAUUACCCCCUUUCGCAUAUAACGCUCAUAGCCACUUCCUAUUUAAUAGCCAUUAAGUUUGGAUGAAAUUAUGUAUGCAUACCUAGGUUUACAGUAUAGUUACUGUGGAUGACGUCAUUCAUC